GUGCUAUUUGUUUCAUUCUGUGUAUUCUGGGAUUCACCAUGGUAACAUAUUCUGGAUCUUACUGGUUCGAGUUGAUCGAUGCUUACUGCUCGGGAAUACCUCUGCUGAUCAUCGCCUUGGUUGAAUGUAUAGCGAUAUCAUUUAUCUAUGGCAUUGACAGGUUUAGUGAGGAUAUUCACUACAUGACCAACAAGCCGCCUCGGUUUAUAUGGAAGUGGUGUUGGAAAGUCAUCUCUCCUCUGGCUAUUUUAGCAGUGCUAAGCAUGAGUAUUAAAGGAAUGUCUGAAACUACUCCAUCUUAUUCCAUAUGGGACGCCGAAAAGGUGCGUAUGUAUUUAUUCAAAGUGCCUUUACCACCUAUCUCAAUAUUUUCA